CCUUCAUAUAUGGGGAAAACAUCUAACUCUGGAAAAAAAAAUCAAAACCAAAAACAAUGCACAAUUCAUAUUCUUUAUCAAAACAACUUGAUUUGGUUAUUUUCUUGGCCGGGGUGGCCACACAACUGCUCCUUAUACGCAAUGUUUCGUCCCUGAACCUGACCAAUGCGUAUCUGCACCACAAAUGCCUCGUCAAUCAAGGAAAAUAUAAGCCAGGAAGUCAGUACGAGAAAAACCUUAACUCUCACAUCGAUUUGAUUACUAACUCAACUUUUCGCAACGGGUUUGGUCACAUGACAACUGCUAUGGGAAGUCCCAAUAUGGUUAACAUCAUAUUCCAGUGCCGUGGAGACUCCUACCAGUCCAAGUGCCGCUCCUGCUUUGCCGCGGGCAUUUCCGGGCUUCGUAGGAGAUGUCCAAGAAACAAAGGUGGAAUAAUAUGGUUCGACCAGUGUUUUGUCGAGAUUACUUCAAUCGAGGUCAUGGAGGUGAAUUACGAUAACAAUUGUUAUAUGCACAACCCGAACAAGGUAACUAGUGAUGCAAAGUCUUUCACCAAGGAGACAAUGGCUUUCCUAGAACAGCUGAUGUUGGAAGCAAACCGUAAAGACAACAUGGAGGACGGAAUGAUGGCACUGUACGCGGCCAGGGAGAUGAUGGUUGGGACGAAGAAGUUGUACGCAAUGGUUCAGUGUACGAGAGAUGUAUUCAUGUUUAAGACAUUGUGUAAGGAGUGUUUGGAAAGGAUUAUCAACGAGUUUCCCAAAUGUUGUGACGGUAAACAAGGAGGGAGAGUUUUGGGUACAAGCUGUAACUUUAGACACACAUCUCAUGGCGAGGCUCCGAAUUCUGUCAACAUUGUAUUCCAAUGUCGUGGCGAUUCCUACGGGUCUAAAUGUGGUUCUUGCUAUGCCACCGCCGUUGCCGGGCUUCGUAAGAGAUGCCAGAGAUACAAAGGAGCAAUAAUAUGGUACGACCAAUGUUUUCUAAAAGUUAGUACGAUCAAUUCUCCUCCAACGAAGAUGGAUUACGAGAAUACUUUUCCUAUGCACAACCCAAACAACAUCAAUGGGGAUACUGAGUCGUUCAACCAAAAGACGAAGGAUUUUCUCUACGAGCUGGUAUUGAAAGCGGAUAAACCCAAAGCGGAUGGCACCGGUUUGCUAUAUUAUGCAGCAGGGGAGAAGAGGCUCGGGAAGAACACACUGUAUGCAAUGGUGCAGUGUACACUAGACAUAUUUCAUUGUAAGGUUUGUUUGGAAUGGAUUAUUAAGGAGCUUUCAAAGUGUUGCAAAGCAAAACAAGGAGCAAGAGUUUUGGGUACGAGUUGUAAUGUUAGUCUUCCUAAGCUGGCUUUGAUCAUCGUCCUUAAACAGGCAAGAAGCUCAGCUUCGAUUUAUUGCAUCACCUACUAUGAGAAAGGAGCAAUCAGAUCUUUACGAACACUCAGCACACCCGUUGAAGGUUUACUUAUUAAGCUAUUGAUUUUGGAAUACACAACACUGGCUCCGCCUGACGCCUUCUUCAUCUAUACUCUGAUUCUUUAGAAUUGUGUCCCUCUUUAAUGUGAUGUAUUUCUCUUUAUGAUAUAAAAAUCAGAGCAGCUA